AUGAAGGAGACUAUGUCAGCAUCAACUUGGGCAUUGGUAUGUGAGAAGCGCACGUGGAGGAAAACUCUGGCGGAGUACAACAGGAUUCAGCGCACCACUAUCAUGGAGUAUGUCUUUGGAAGAUGGAAGAGGAGUAGAGCGCAGGUGAACACUGAAGUCAACAACCUGUUGGCAGCGCAGGACAAGCUCAUCGCUAAAGCCCUGUGGAACUUCCAGCAAUUGGGGAGGAGUGUCACGAGAUCUAUGCGAUCAGAUGACAAGAACUUCUUUGCAGGACUUCUACAAGAUGGGGCUGAGUUCCUUGCGCCAACCCAAGUCAAAAAGCUCUGGGCAGUGAUCAGGCGGUCGAUCCCCAAAUUCCAAGUUAGACGCAGUGGAUAUGACCCUCACGCCCUGGGUUUUCUUGAUCAAUCAUGCUUGGAUCAUUUCCGUCAACUGGAACUCGGCGUUGAUGAGACGCCGGAUGACCUGGCGACCCAAUGCAUCGCUCACCAACAGGCUGAACAACCUGGAGAGGACAUUGUCAGCCUCAUGGCGAGCCUACAUCUACAGCCAGUGAUGGUGAUCUGGUCAGAUGACCUGGCAGUUCCAAUUGCAACCUUGACAGCCUCUUCUUUGUUGCCCAGACUUGCUGAUCUAGCUGCUGAAGUCACGCGACAAUUCAAGAGAAGGGGAUUUACUGUCAACUUCACCCCUGGCAAGACGAGCGCUGUGGUUUCCUUUGUGGGUAGAGAUGCUCCUGCACUUCGAAGGCAACACCUGCUAGGGCCCACUGCAGGAAUUGCUAUUGCGGUAGAUGCUGACCAAACCGCCUGGCUCAGUUUUACCAAUACUUACAAACAUUUGGGUGCACAGUUCGCGGCUAGCCAUUCAUGCGAGCCUGAGCUGCGCCAACGAGUCGGCAUGUCAAAGGCGACCUUCAGCAAGCUGUCUCGAAUGGUGCUGUGCAACCGUCAUUUUCCAGUCCAACUUCGGAUCCAAUUCCUGCAAUCACUGGUGUUCUCUAAGCUUUUCUAUGGAUUAGGCUCCUGGGAUACACCUUCUGGACGCCAGAUGCAGCGCCUGCGUACUACAUACCAUGGGAUGCUGAGGAAGACUCUACGCCUUGCAGCUGAUGAACAAGUCACGACACAGCAGCUCCUGACUCGAGCCAGAGUGGUGGAUGUUCGUGCGAGAAUAGCAAUUGACAGACUGGCUUAUGCGAGAAGGGUUUUUCAGGUUGGGCCAGCUGAACUACAGCAGAUUCUCCACAUCGAGCAGCAAUGCUGUCCUUCAUCUUGGAUCUCAGCACUUCGUGCAGAUCUUGACUGGCUUGAUGCACUUGUUCCAGGAGUGCUCCCAGCUCGACCGGAGGGAGACCUCACGGAUAUGAUCGAUUUCUGGCAACGUGAGGCUGUCCCGUGGAAGGGCUUGCUGAAACGGGGUCUCAAACGACAUCGAUUGCAGGAAGAGAUCAUGAUGGAGGUCCACAUCGCACAUCGCAGUUCGCUGUCGAUUCUUCGAGCAGGAGGAGCAACUUUUUCCCCUGAUGAGCCUCAAGUUUUUGGAGGAGAUCGCGCGGAGGGACUUGCACUUCAUCGUCGAGUUCGACACGGUGAACAUGCGCCGGAGUUCCAGUAUGUCGAUGGUGCGACAUGUCCGGCCUGUCUGAAAUAUCUAUGGACGAGCAACCGACUUGCUAUGCAUCUGGCGUACGCCCCUCGACAUGGAGGCGUGAACGCCUGUUUUGCCAAAUUGUCCAAGGCCGGUUUUGUGGGCACGCAUCACUCACAAGUUGCACCGGUUGGCUUUGGUGCGGCCAUUCGAAUGGACAGCAUCCAAGUUGAGGGGCCAUUGCCAUCUUUUCGAGCUCAAUAUGAUAUUGCCUUGGAGAAGGUUUUGAAGGAGCUCUCCGAAGUCGAAGAGGAGCUCCACACCUACAACAGACCAGCUGACGAGAUUGCUCUGGGCAUGAAGAUUGGAGACACCUUGACCCAGGGUACGCAAGCAUGGAUCCAUAGGUUCUGCGAAAACCAACAGGCACAAAACCCCGAUCUUAUUGACUGGUGGUUGAAUGUGCUUCAUACAGUUGGCGAAGAAUAUGCUGACUGGGCCGCCAUGGUUUUUCAGGAGUGGGGUGCUCAUCUCCUCCCCGAGCUCGUGGCGGACGCGAUGGAUGGUGAGGUAGAGUAUGUCUUGGACGAUCUCUAUGCGGAGGCGGUCAAUUUGCUUCCACGUGAAGCUUUGCUGUCACGCCUGCGCCUACUCCACCAGCUUCGACAACGAUACGAAGAGGAGGCGGCAGCCCCGGCAGUGCCACACAGAGCGGUGAAGAGAGGAACAGCCAAUGUGAAGGAAAGAAGUAGCACACGACAGCAGGUGCCGUCAGCCUUCUUCAGCCAACCCCAGUGGCAUGCGCGCUUCAGGGAGAUUCAAUGGAGAGAUCUUCCCCGAGAAGCUCAAAUCCCUUAUUUGGUGCAAUCGAAUGGCAGACCCUGUUUUAUCAUCGCUCACCUCUUCUCUGGUAGAAGGCGCCAGGAGGAUUUCCAUUGGUGGCUUCAGCACUAUGCCAUUGAGUAUGACAUCGACCUCUGCCUGAUUGGAGCACUUCGAACGGCUGUGAUCCCCCACGUGAAGAAGCCACAGCAGGCAGCGAUUGGCUGCAAUGAGGAGGGGACCUUUCGCACCGCGAUGGAAUACCCCCCGAUGCUAUGCAAGGGUCUCGCGUGGGCCUUCGUGAAGCACCUUCGAGCGGCGCUGCGUGGUGGGCGGACGCGCGCAGUGAGUAGGGGCAAUGAGGCCAUUGGGCCUACUAUGGAGGAAGGUGAAAUGUAUAGUUGGGUUGCCGAAGUUGCUGAAGUGGGAAAGACCAUACGGUCGGACGCCAGCAUCUUGCCGGACCACCAACCUAGGUCCCCGCUACGACUAGUUAGACGCCAGGAACGACGCCUGCAACGCGACAAGGCCAAGGCUCUGGAGGCGCCCUUGGGCAAGGUGAUGUCCUGGGGCCCCGUGGGUGAUCUCAGAAUCCGGCCAUGGGGGGGGGCCAUGGGGGUGCCGCAAUCCGAUGUCUUUAACCUUUUGCUGAUACUGAUGCAGCUGCUGAAGGGACAAAGUCUCAACAAGCGCGCUGGCGCAGCGCGCGUGCUGACGAAGAAAGUGGUGACGAAGGGAAGUGAUGAUGAAGGGGAAUGGUGCGGAAGGGAGGUGGAGUUCUUCGUGGUGCAAGCACCGUUGUUUUCCACCAAUCCCCGCAUCGGCACCAAGCUUCGCUGGCUCAACUUGUACCACACUGCGCUGGUGCUGCAGCAGCAGCUGCCAGGCUCUGAGCCGCAGAAUUGGACCAUCGAAUUCGAUUCCGUGACAAACGUUCUGGGCGCCGUUUUACCUUCCAUCAAUGGAACGACCUUGAGUUGGAACAACGAUGCGCGCUAUUGCGUCACGAAGGGUGUCCUCUGGGGUGAGGCCCAUUGGAGCAAGAUGUUCGACUUGGUCUUCCGGCUCAAGGCCUCGCAAGCACGGCAGAUCUUCACGGACUUCAUCCCAUCGGUGAACGAAACGGAGCAUUUGAGCAAACCGCUCUACCAGCUCUGGCGGGUGGAGCAUGACGCCAAAACCUUGGUCAAGGACAUUACCUGCGGUGAUGGCGUAAACUGGAUCAUGGACUAUGCCUCCAGGGUGCUUCAGACGGCGCCAGCCUUCGAGUUGAAAUUUACCUCCAUUGUCGUCAAGGCGGACAGGAUCGCCAACGUGCACGUGAACGGUCCGGAUUGGCCGGUGGUGGUGAAGUAUUUUCAAGGCAUGUCCAACGUGACGGAGGGGAAGCAGCCUCUGCUGCAUCGAUUGCUGGAAUUUCUGCAUUUGAUGCCGGUGCAUUACAUCUAUGACAGCAACGCCCAGGCAUACUUCAAGGUGGAAGGCAAUCAUUUUCCGUGGCUGGAAGCCAAGUACCAUGCUGUACCCCUGGAGGGGCCACCCAGGCUGGAAAGCUGGGGCACCUCAAACUUGAAGCUACAGUGCUUGGAUCUGAGUGUUUGGUUUUCAGUUUAA